UCGCCGUUGCUACUGGCAGCGCGAGACAUUGAAAGAUGUCCUCGCAUGCGUUCGACGCCCAUAGCACCAUAGGAGCGAUGUCGAUCGGCUCGUUGGUGUCCAUGUUUCUGUUCGGGAUGGUCACCCUUCAAACCCAUAACUACUUCCACAUGUAUCGGGAUGACAAGGCUUAUCUGAAAGCGCUGGUGACAGUGUUAUGGAUUCUGGAACUCGCCCACACCUUCUGCAUAUCAGCAGAGGUCUACCGUGAUACUAUCGUCAACUACGGCCGUCCAGAAACAUUAAUAGACCUUCCCUGGCUCUCCAUAGCCAUCUUCCUCACUGGUGGAGUCACAUUCCUCGCCAAUGGCUUCCUAUCUAGUCGGGUAUGGAUUGUCCUACCAACACCGUGGAGAGGCAUCGGACCCGUCUGCUUCCUCGUUACCCUGGUUCAGCUCGUUGCGUACUUUGCGGCUGGAGCGUUGGGUGUUAUUACGAAGAACCUGCCGGUCUAUAAUCAGAAGUAUGGAUGGCUGGUACGGGCAAUCUUAAUUAGUGGGACGGUGGUGGAUCUUUCUCUGGCGUUCUCUUUGGUGUAUUACCUUCGUUCUCAACGCGAUCAGCUCCUUCCUCGGUCGAUGCGACGAAUAGACCUUCUCGUACAAUAUACCAUCUGUACAGGACUGUUGACGAGCGCUGCCGCUAUGGCUCUCCUCAUCACGUUCACCGUCAAGCCGAGUUCCCUUGCCUGGGUCGCGAUCUUCACAUGUCGAGCCAAACUGUACUCAAAUUGCGUGAUGGCUUCAGGAUACCUUCGCUCUAUUGAUACCAACCCGAGUUCAAAUUUCAUCCCGUCAAUUUGGUCCACUGCUCGAACACCGGGAGGUGGCGCCAACAGUGGGAGUCGCUCUGGCUCGGAACCUGUGUUCCAAGUGUCGGUGGAAAUGUCGGCGAUGGGUCAAGAGCUUGAGGAGGGAUCGUUUGCGGUGAGAAUAUACGUUGCCGUCGCAGUUGUAUUUGAAUAG